ACUCAUGAGUACUCAUGUGAGUACCCAAUGAGUAAAAAAAUGUGUGAGUACUCAUGAGUACUCGGGACAUUUUUCAGCAGAGUACGACUUUGAGUACUCACACUUGAGUAGGGUGCAUUCACUAGGGUGUAUUUCUUUUGAUGCCAAUAUAGCGGCAGUUCUGGUAAAAAUAUGGUCCGCAGAGCUUGACUCCCGAUUGGACCAUAAAAGCUAAAUGACUAGUCAGUUCCUGACAAUGGCUAUGUAUCAUCACUCUGUGCAGAAGCCGUGUGUGAUCUCCGGUCAUCCGACAUAGGGAAUGGAGCUGAUCAAAAAAUCAUUCUGGAUUUUUCAGAUGAAUUCAAUCCGAUGAUAUCUUAUAGAUUUUUGCUGGAUGUGGGUGGCGAUGCCCCAGGGGUCUCAAAUUUUGCGACUCAUGGGAGACAGAACAAAGAAAUCAUAAUGACAAUCGUUUGUUCUGUCUCCCAUGAGUUACCAAAUUGGAGACCCCUGGAGUGCACAUAUAUCUAAUCAACGUCUUUCAACGUCAAAAUCAGUUGCUGUUUUGUUUCUGUUUUAGCUGAUCUUGAAGAAUGAUUACAUUUAUUAUAGUUUUGCGACUUCAACGACGCAGGUUGUAUUUUUUGUUUCGUAACUGGACUGUUUACCAUACCAUUGAUGGGAUAGUUUCGAUGCACAACGUAAAUUUAAGGUUGAAAAAGGUAGAAUUUAACUGAAAGUCAGCACGUGGACUUCUGAAAAAUCGUCUCUUUGAAGACGCCCAACUGAACUUGGAAUGUAUAGUGACUUCUAUAUUUCCAGCUGCGCAGUGUUUCAGAUAAAAAAAUCCGGAAAUUAGUAUUACGUUUUUGAGAGAGUACCUCUGAGAAUUAGAAAGUAAGUUUUACAGACCAGCCUACUAUAGAAAUACUAUACUGUGCUCUGCAAUUUGCGUUUGCACCAUUUGAAAGAGCUCCUCUUCAAUUUAGCAUAAAACAAUCAAUUUAUGUGGCUGCUGACCUAUGUUCAAAGCGGCAGCGUCUAUCCCUACCUAAGCAUUUGUACCAUCUCUAAGGUUCGAGCCUUCAGUGUACUACCUGGAAAAUGAAUUUUUACAGCAAAAAAGGACCCAACUGCUUUUGUUUCAUAGUUAACCGAGCAUUUUGUGCCGGUUGCGGUUUACCGGACGGUACAGCCCACACUCAAUCGGACGAUUAGCCGAGGUUAAUUGGCGAUUUUUUGCCGGUUUGAUAAACAUGGGUUGUGCCUCAAACGUCCCACUAGGAUAGACGCCCCUGAUUCAAAGGUUUAUCGGAGUGAUAUAUAUAUUUAAAACUUCGCUUUUUAAUAUACAAAAGGUUUAAAAAACGUCAUAGAUGAGAUUCAGUCGCUCCAGUUUGUUUUUCAUAAAAAAAUCCUGUUAAAUGUGAAAGUUUCAACCAGAGAUGAAGGCGGCACUUGCGGAUAUGAUCCCCGUUUGCCUCAUUUAAGAUUCUGAAAACCAUUGAACCACUUCAGGAAAAAAACAAUUUCAUACUAACUUGGACGAAAAUCAAAACCCUAUCGAGAAAAACAAACACCACCGUCCUAGUAUUUUUCAGAGACAUUUUCAGAUUGCUGUGACACUGGCAGAUUUUGAACCUAUUAUAUCGAAGGACUCUCACGGGCUCUUUUAAUGGGAGUGUGCAAAGAUGUAUUUGGGGUCAUUGUCAUGAUAAAUCAAACACGACAAUGAUUUUUCAAAGAACGUUAUAGCUCGUAGAAGCCUGUUGACAAAAUUAUUGUACUCUUUAUCGGGCUAAAAAUAGUUAUUUGUAAAAAUAUUUGAAACACAACAGCUGUCUGUUUUCUAAAUGUGGUUUUUCUGUAUUGAAUGAUGAAUAGAAUAGAUAGAUCGAUCAUAGCAAUAAACACGAUCUCUCUUUGAGCUCAAGAUUUAUUUCUAGAUGAACUGUAGACAUCAUAAAAGUAGAUAAUAAGUUGAAGACAGGUUCACUAGAAAAUGUAGAGGCAACAUCUGCGCAUCUUGUCGAAAUGCAAAGCAAAUGUCACUUUGGACGUUCCUGUGGCGCCUCCAUCGGUCAACGAUCCUUUUCUCUUCUCUUUGGUUUGGUGCUAUUGGUCAAAUGAGUCACCGCAAUUUUGUACAGUUUCCUAUAUUUUUCUUCUCUUUUUUUGCUCGUGACAGACAAAAGAUAGACAAAAAAAUAAUUAUUCAAGUUGUAACGGCACUUCUCAGUUGAUAACUACCCUGCAAAAAACUUUUUUACUGGCACUUAUUCGGCACAGUGGUGUGUACCGGCGCCGAAAAGUGCCAAUAUAUCAUAAGAAAUUUUUUUCCUUUAUCAGCACUCCUACACACGCAUCAGUGCCAAAUCCUUUUUCAAUCACCGUUUUGUGGUACGGGUACCAAUCGGCACUAGCUCAGCACUUGCUGGACACGGGUGACAGGCAGUGCUGCACUGAAAUUUCUUUUGUAGGGUAUUUUAUGUAUCUUCUUUUAGAUGUAUUUAUUUUAUUCUUAUUCAUACGUACUAGUUUUAUUUUCAUUAGUUGACUCAAUUCAAUAUUCUUCUUUUAAUGAUAACCAAUUACAAUCACCCCAAAUCACCCAUCUAUUAGUUUAUGAUACACAUUUAGAAACUGCAAUUAAAUUUGAUUUGAAAAAUGGUUGGAUUAUUGGCGAUGCGCGUAAGCUAUUAUUUAUUAUUGAUGGAUACAAUUUGAAUUCAACAAAAAUUAGUUUAUCAUCUUCAUUUGACGAAUGUAAAACAAAUGAAUUUAUUUCAUCAACGUAUAAUUUAAUAACAACAUCUCAUACAGCCAUUAGUCUCGAAGUUCAACUAUCACCACCUCCAAAAGUUCGAUCAUCAGUCUAUUUAUGUUUUAGUUAUUUGGACAAUAGUAAUAAUAAUAGCAAUAGUAGUAUAUGGAAUUCAAAACAAUUACCAUCACCAUUUUUUACCUUUAUUAGAGAAAAAGAAUUAAUACCAUUUGCAGCUAAAAUAUGUCUUAUUUUAUUAUUAUUUUGUGUAUCCGGAUUCUUUAGUGGACUUAAUUUGGGUUUGAUGUCACUUAGUGUCAACGAUCUUGAUAUUAUUGCGGAAAGUGAUGAUGCAAAUCUAAGAUAUUAUGCUAGACGUGUAUUACCAUUACGAAAACGUGGCAAUUUUCUUCUAUGUAGUAUUGUAAUAGCCAAUGUACUUGUGAACUCAUUAGGUACAGUAUUAUUAGAUUCGCUCGUGCAUGGAUUGUAUGCUGUCAUUGGUUCAACAGCGAUGAUUGUUCUUAUGGGUGAAAUUAUACCGCAAGCAAUAUGCUCUCGUUUUGGAUUAAUUAUCGGUGCUCAUACUCAUAUGAUAACAUGGGCAUCUAUGAUCAUCACGGGUAUUAUAUCAUUUCCAUUAGGUUUAAUAUUAGACAAAAUACUUGGACAAGAAGUGACUGCAUCAUAUACAAGAGAACAAAUUGCCGGUUUAUUGAAACGAAUAAGUGCGGAUAUUGAAAAGCCUGAACUCGAUAUUAUAACAGGUGUACUAUCACUGAGAAAAAAAACAGUAGUAGAAACAAUGACACAUUUAACAGAUGUAUUUAUGCUUGAUAAAGAUCGAAAAACGGAUGCAGAACUCCUAUUAGAAGUUCAUAAACAUGGCUUUUCAAGAAUUCCGGUUUACAGUGUUGAGAGAAAUAAUGUUAUUGGUAUUGUUAAAUUACGUGAUUUUGCAUUAAUUACACCAGAACAACAAAAUUUAACGGUCAAACAUGUUAUGGAAUUUCAUUCACAUCCAGUCGGAUACACGAAACCGGAUGCUUGUUUAUAUAAUUUAAUGCAAGAAUUCUUAAAAUCACGUUAUCACAUAGCACUUGUUCAAGAAUUGGCUACGGAUAAUCCAAAUUUAGAUCCUGUAUUUCAUGCUGUUGGUAUCAUCACAUUAGAAGAUGUUAUUGAAGAUAUGCUUCAACGAGAGAUUAUUGAAGAAACAGAUUUAUUUACUGAUAAUCGUUCAAAAAUUCGUAAUAAACGUUCCUACACACAAGAUUAUACAGCACUGAUUAAACGGGCAGUUAAAGGACCAAGCAUAAAUCCUGCUCUCAAAGUGGCCGUAUUUCAGUUUCUAAACACAAAUAUUCAAUCGUUUACGGCUGGUUUUAUAUCACAAGAUAUACUCAAAGCAUUAUUGAAUUACAAUGUCUAUGCUAUUAUUAAACGUCAAGCAAAUACAACCAAUUCAAUUUAUUUGUAUAAAAAAGGAUUUCAAUAUGAUAUAUUUACAUUGAUUAUUCAAGGCAAUGCAACAUUAGAGUCAGGUGCUGAAAGGAUUAUGUCAACAGUAGGGCCGUUUAGUUCGUUUGCAGCAAACGCAUUAAUUUCUGAAGAUAAGUCAGUCAAAGAACUUCACGAAGCUUUAUUCCAUUCGUCCAUACAAUUAUCGAAAAUUGAAGAAUAUUUUCCCGUAUUUACACCGGAUUAUAAUUUAAUUGUUCAUAAUGAAUUACAUGUUUUACAAAUUCACCGUUAUAUUUGGUUAGCAGCUGUCAAAGCAACGUAUCGUCAACGAAAUGAACCAUCGUGUAAAAAUUCAACACCGGAACAAUUAUUGUCAGAUGCAAUUGAUGAAAUAGGGUCGACAUCGCAACCACCAAUUGAUAAGAAUAAUUUGACAAAUUUCCACAAAAUUUCCAUAUUUCAUGAAAAACAUCCGGUAGCAAACGGUGGUGGCAUUACAAAAGUUUAUCAUCCAUAUUGCGAUGGUGGUGAUGAUUCAAGUGCACCAAAAAACUUUGAUAUAGAACCUAUUGCUUCACCAAUAAAAACAUCAGUAAUCACUUUAGUAUGUGAUCCGUCAGUUGUUCGUAAUCCUAUACUUUUGAGUAUUCCAAGUGCUACACGAACUGAUCUUCCUAGUGAAAGUGAAGAAUCAAAUGAAUUUAAUUCUAGUAUGCAUAUAAAUCGAAUGUUUGAUGAAGAUCUAACACAGAAUCAAAGCAAACUAGACGAAAAAAUUGAUGAUUAUGAUAAUUUGUUAACAACAAGGAGUUAUCCAGAUCAUGGACAUCAAACAUCGACACCAUAUGAACAAUCAUCAAUGACUGGACAUGGACAUUCACAGUCCGAUAAAUGUUUAUUAAUAUUUGGUGAUGAUCAACCAACACCUACACUCCAAAUAGCGCCUGAACAAAUACAACAAGAAAAUAUACAUCGACAUCAGUAUAGGACUAGUAGUAUCAACAAUAGAAGUGAUAAAAAAUCAGUAAAACCCUACUAG